AUGGGUGGUUGCGUGGCUCUAAGCCUGUGUGGAUGGGUGGUUGCGCGGCUCUAUGCCUGUGUGGAUGGGUGGUUGCGCGGCUCUAUGCCUGUGUGGAUGGGUGGUUGCGUGGCUCUAUGCCUGUGUGGAUGGGUGGUUGCGUGGCUCUAUGCCUGUGUGGAUGGGUGGUUGCGCGGCUCUAUGCCUGUGUGGAUGGGUGGUUGCGUGGCUCUAUGCCUGUGUGGAUGGGUGGUUGUGUGGCUCUAUGCCUGUGUGGAUGGGUGGUUGCGCGGCUCUAUGCCUGUGUGGAUGGUUGGUUGUGUGGCUCUAUGCCUGUGUGGAUGGGUGGUUGUGUGGCUCUAUGCCUGUGUGGAUGGUUGGUUGUGUGGCUCUAUGCCUGUGUGGAUGGGUGGUUGCGUGGCUCUAUGCCUGUGUGGAUGGGUGGUUGUGUGGCUCUAUGCCUGUGUGGAUGGGUGGUUGCGUGGCUCUAUGCCUGUGUGGAUGGGUGGUUGUGUGGCUCUAUGCCUGUGGGGAUGGGUGGUUGUGUGGCUCUAUGCCUGUGGGGAUGGGUGGUUGUGUGGCUCUAUGCCUGUGUGGAUGGGUGGUUGCGCGGCUCUAUGCCUGUGUGGAUGGGUGGUUGCGCGGCUCUAUGCCUGUGUGGAUGGGUGGUUGCGUGGCUCUAUGCCUGUGUGGAUGGGUGGUUGCGUGGCUCUAUGCCUGUGUGGAUGGGUGGUUGCGCGGCUCUAUGCCUGUGUGGAUGGGUGGUUGCGUGGCUCUAUGCCUGUGUGGAUGGGUGGUUGUGUGGCUCUAUGCCUGUGUGGAUGGGUGGUUGCGCGGCUCUAUGCCUGUGUGGAUGGUUGGUUGUGUGGCUCUAUGCCUGUGUGGAUGGGUGGUUGUGUGGCUCUAUGCCUGUGUGGAUGGUUGGUUGUGUGGCUCUAUGCCUGUGUGGAUGGGUGGUUGCGUGGCUCUAUGCCUGUGUGGAUGGGUGGUUGUGUGGCUCUAUGCCUGUGUGGAUGGGUGGUUGAGUGGCUCUAUGCCUGUGUGGAUGGGUGGUUGUGUGGCUCUAUGCCUGUGGGGAUGGGUGGUUGUGUGGCUCUAUGCCUGUGGGGAUGGGUGGUUGUGUGGCUCUAUGCCUGUGGGGAUGGGUGGUUGUGUGGCUCUAUGCCUGUGUGGAUGGGUGGUUGUGUGGCUCUAUGCCUGUGUGGAUGGGUGGUUGCGCGGCUCUAUGCCUGUGUGGAUGGGUGGUUGUGUGGCUGGGUUUGA